CCACCACCACCACCAGACACGUCUGAGUAACCUCGAAGAACGGUGUGCGCUGCAUUGCUCUGCUCCUGUGAUCUAGCGUUCCUGUAAUUUUAUUCAGACAGCCAACUGAGUUUCGCAAAGAUGCCUGAAGAAACCCAAAUGGAGACGGAGGGCGUCGAGACGUUCGCCUUCCAGGCGGAGAUCGCCCAGCUUAUGUCGCUCAUCAUCAAUACGUUCUACAGCAACAAAGAAAUUUUCCUCCGUGAAUUGAUUUCUAAUUCCUCUGAUGCCUUGGACAAGAUCAGAUACGAGUCUCUCACGGAUCCCAGCAAGCUUGAAUCGGGAAAAGAUCUUUUCAUCAAACUCGAGCCAAACAAGAACGAUCGCACGCUCACAAUUUACGACAGUGGCAUCGGCAUGACGAAGGCCGACCUCAUCAACAACCUGGGUACCAUUGCUAAGUCCGGCACCAAGGCCUUCAUGGAGGCCCUCAACGCUGGCGCCGACAUCUCCAUGAUCGGUCAGUUUGGUGUGGGCUUCUACUCCGCAUAUCUCAUCGCUGACAAGGUCACCGUCGUCUCGAAGCAUAACGACGACGAACAAUACAUCUGGGAGUCGUCAGCAGGAGGCUCGUUCACAGUGAAGACAGACAACGGCGAGCCUAUUGGUCGCGGUACCAAGAUUAUCCUGCACCUGAAGGAGGAUCAAACUGAAUACCUCGAGGAGCGUCGCCUCAAGGAAAUUGUUAAGAAGCACUCGCAGUUUAUUGGGUACCCCAUCCGACUGUUGGUGGAGAAGGAGCGUGACAAGGAAGUGUCUGAUGAUGAGGAGGAAGAUGAGAAGAAAGAUGAGAAAAAGGAAGACGAAGAGAAGGAUGAGGAGAAGCCUGAAGUAGAGGAUGUGGGUGAAGAUGAAGACGCCGAAAAGAAGAACGAGAAGAAGAAGAAAAAGAUUAAGGAAAAGUACACUGACGAGGAGGAACUGAACAAGACCAAGCCUCUGUGGACGCGCAACGCCGAUGAUAUUUCCAAGGAAGAAUAUGGCGAGUUUUACAAGAGCCUUACCAACGACUGGGAAGAUCAUUUGGCCGUGAAGCACUUCAGUGUCGAGGGUCAGCUCGAGUUCCGUGCCCUUCUCUUCGUGCCCAAGCGAGCGCCUUUUGAUCUCUUCGAGAAUAAGAAACAGAAGAAUAAGAUUAAGCUUUACGUGCGACGCGUGUUUAUCAUGGAGAACUGUGAGGAUCUUAUUCCCGAGUACCUGAACUUCGUCAACGGCGUUGUUGACUCUGAGGAUCUACCACUGAACAUUUCUCGUGAAAUGUUGCAACAGAACAAAAUCUUGAAAGUCAUCCGUAAGAAUAUUGUCAAGAAAGUCUUGGAACUUCUCGACGAGCUCACAGAGGAUAAUGAGAGUUAUAAGACAUUCUACACACACUUCUCGAAGAAUCUGAAGCUUGGUAUUCACGAGGACUCGACCAACCGCAAGAAGCUGUCUGAAUUCCUGCGUUAUCACACAUCUGCCAGCGGUGAAGAAGCAUGCAGUCUGAAGGACUACGUGUCCCGAAUGCCAGAGAAGCAGAAGCACAUUUAUUACAUCACAGGCGAGAGCAAGGACAGCGUGGCGAACUCUGCUUUCGUGGAGCGCGUGAAGAAACGCGGUCUCGAGGUGAUCUACAUGGUGGAUCCCAUCGAUGAGUACUGCGUACAGCAGCUGAAGGAGUACGACGGCAAGCAGCUGGUGUCUGUGACCAAGGAAGGUCUUGAGCUUCCUGAGGAUGACGAUGAGAAGAAGGCAUUUGAGGAGAAGAAGAGCAAGCUUGAGAACCUGUGCAAGGUAAUGAAGGAUGUCCUGGACAAGAAAGUAGAGAAGGUGGUCGUGUCUAACCGUCUUGUGUCGUCACCGUGUUGCAUCGUUACCUCUCAGUACGGUUGGACGGCUAAUAUGGAGCGCAUCAUGAAGGCUCAAGCCUUGCGUGACACCUCAACCAUGGGUUACAUGGCAGCUAAGAAGCACCUCGAAAUCAACCCUGAUCACAGCAUUGUCGAAGCUCUGCGUGUCAAAGCAGAUGCCGACAAGAACGACAAGUCUGUUAAGGAUCUCGUAAUGCUGCUCUUCGAGACCUCGCUGCUGUCAUCUGGCUUCUCCCUCGAGGAUCCUACGGUGCACGCCUCUCGUAUCUACAGGAUGAUCAAGCUUGGACUCGGAGUCGAGGAUGAGGACGAGGCUGUCGAGGGCGAGGCGCCAGCGAGCGAAGAGAUGCCGCCUCUCGAGGGAGAUGAACCCGAUGACUCGCGUAUGGAGGAAGUAGACUAAGCUUAUGUUGAAUAGUAGCCGUUUUUUUUAUAAUUUUUCAUGAUUAUCAUCAUCAUACGUUAUAUUAGUGGUUAAUUCUGCUGUAUAUAAUUCAUUCCAUUCGUCAUUCCUCGGAUCGUGUUUCUAUAUGCGAUGUGAUACUAAUUUAAUUUUUCAAUAAAGUGGAGUAUUAUU